GAGAUCACCGAACACCAGGUAUGAAGAAGAAACAGCAUGGUUGAUAUGCAUCCACUUUGUGUUUAUGCACAGGAACACCAGCCUGAGGCUUUUCUGCCAUUCAACAGUUGACUGGCUGGACUGACAUAUUAAAUAUGGAGAUUCUUCCUCUGUUAGUGCUUGUUCUUUCAUGGUGGGGUGAAGCUGCCAGAACACAGAUGAAGCUGACUCCUGCAAGGCUGAUAGUUGUUGGAGGAGACGAGGCCAAAUUUAGGUGCAGCACCCCCAACACUGCUUGGACUGUUAUGACAUGGCUGCUAGGAAAUAGACCAGUGCUAACCAUCGACAAGCAGAAUGGUGUUUUGCCCACUGUCAACCCGAACGUGACAGCUGUAAAAUGCUCCGAAUCAAGUGCAGAUUGCUGGGAGUUUAUCCUGAGACACACAGAGAGGAGCAACCAAGGACAAGUUGCUUGUGAUUUGCAGCUCAUUGAUAGAAGGACGGCAGAGCUGUUUGUUCAAGAAAAGGGCAAUGUGAAGGUCUUUGGAGAGAACCGGUUGGCAUUUAAAGGAGAACUGGUUCUGUUUCAGUGCCAAGCAGCAGGAUGGUACCCUGAACCCACUGUGCAAUGGCAGGUACAUGACAAAAAGGUGAGUCGGGAUGAAUACAACAUCAGCACAGAGGAGAAGGAGAACCUCUUCACUGUCUCCAGCAACCUUAGCAUCCGGGCCGGGAGGAGCUCUGUGGUUGGCUGUCUGGCCUCAGUGUCUGCCCUCAAAAAACCUCUGGAGAGCAGCGUCACACUCACAGUGGUUGCAGAGGUGUUGGAGGAAGAGGAUGACUGCACAAUCCUGGUGGCAGUAACUGCAUCUCUGGCUGCUCUUCUGCUGCUUGUGCUGCUCUCCAUCUGCACUGUCCUCUGCUACAGGCAUCGCAGAAAAGCAAAAAAAUCCCCCCAGGAUGUACUAAGGUCCGACCAAUCGCGGUUUUGGGGAAGUUCAGUUGCUGAGGCGACAGGAGGGAAUGUCAAUCAGGGGUUUUCCAGCGAGAGCACAACAGUUUUCCACUGCAGCUUCUCAAACAAGCUUGGGCCAAACGAAGAAAAAGAUGUGGACAGCAGUGAGAUUAUCAUCGGAACUCGUAGCCAGAUGAGUUUUGACACCUUCCGCAAGGUCCCUGAUGUUGUACGCUCCAGCAGCUCCUCUUUGCACAAUGAGGGCCGAAACAGUGAAGACAACGCAUUUAGCAAUGUCAGAAGAAUUACCACUGUUUAAACACUCAUUUUGUAUUAUUCACUGGUAGUGUUAUAUAUUUUUUCAAAGCACAAGGAUAAAAUGAUAUUGAACUUGAUGUUCUUCAAUAAAUAAUUAUUAUGCCAGCUCUGUUCGUCUCUGCUCAGUUUUGAAUUAUCCAUGCGGGGUAAAGUGAUUCAUCAUUCAUAGAACAUUUUUGUUACAUAAAUAUGCUCCUAUCAGUGUU